AACUUUCAAAUAAAUUAAUUUACAGAGAAAAGGGAGAAUUUAAUAAAACACGUGUGGCUGCUUCUCCUCCUCCGCAUCGCCGGGGUUCCCUCUUUCUCCCCCGUUGAAAACUGCAUUUAUCAAUCUUCCUUUUUCUCCUUCUUCAGAUUCCCAAAACCCUAUGCUCUCUCUCUCUCUCUAGUCGACUGUAAAAAAACCAUCCAUCAAGUCAACCAAAUCUACAUCAAAAGUAUGAAACUUUCAAUUUGUUUUUGUUUAUUUUAGUAAGAAACUUAUUUGUAAUUCUUCUUCUUUCAUCCUCUCCUCCAAAAAAGACAUACCCUUUUGCUCUGUUCCGACAUGAUCGAUCUAAACCGAAUUCAAAACAGAGGAAACCUCUGAUAUUUCCCUGGAAAGUUCGUUUCUUUUUGCCUCCAUUUAGAUUCAAAAAGGGUUAUUUUUCUCAUGGGGGCGGUGACGUCAUCGAUGGCUGCAAAGUUUGCGUUUUUCCCGCCAAACCCGCCGUCGUACGGUGUCGAGGUAGCAGAAGAGACGGGGAAGCUGAGGCUAACGGGUGUAGAGAACGUGAAGGACAACGUGGAAGCGUUGAAGCUCAAGACGAAGAGAGGGAAUCAGGUGGUUGCGGCGUAUAUUAAGAACCCUAAAGCCUCGCUCACGCUUCUCUACUCACACGGCAACGCCGCUGAUCUCGGCCAGAUGUUCGAGCUCUUCUCCGAGCUCAGCCUCCAUCUCCGCGUCAACUUGAUUGGGUAUGACUAUUCAGGUUAUGGAAGAUCUUCAGGGAAGCCUAGUGAGCAGAACACGUACCACGAUAUAGAAGCAGUGUAUAGAUGCUUGGAAGAGCAGUAUGGUGUCAAGGAACAAGAUGUUAUUUUAUAUGGACAAUCAGUAGGAAGCGGACCGACUUUAGAGUUAGCUUCUCGGUUACCAAACCUCAGAGCUGUUGUUCUCCACAGUGCUAUUGCUUCCGGUCUUAGAGUCAUGUACCCUGUAAAGCGAACUUACUGGUUUGACAUUUACAAGAACAUUGAUAAGAUAUCUCUUGUCAAAUGUCCGGUUCUGGUAGUUCACGGAACAUCAGAUGAUGUUGUGAAUUGGUCUCAUGGGAAGCAACUAUUUGAUCUUUGUAAAGAAAAAUAUGAACCCCUUUGGAUCAAAGGAGGAAACCACUGCGACUUAGAGCUAUACCCUCAGUACAUAAAACAUCUAAAGAAGUUUGUAUCUGCGGUUGAGAAGUCUCCUCAUCUUCCAAGCGGAACUGUGCCGGAGACAGAGAAGGCGAGGAGCAGUACAGAUGUUAGAGAAUCUUCAAGGCCAAGCACAGAUCAAAGAGAGAAGUCAAGAACGAGUACUGAUCAAAGAGAGAUGCCUAAGCUGAGUAGUACAGAGAGUAAGGAUAUAGCGAGAGCGAGCGUUGAUAAAAGAGAAAGAACGAGAAAAAGUGUUGAUGGGUGUGAGAAACCAAGUAAUGCUACAGAACAACAGAUACAACCAGAGAAAGGGAGGAAAAGUAUGGACAGGUUUGGGGGGAUGAUAAGAUCAGUAGGGUUCUGCAACAUAGAUUGUUUCAAGCCUACAGCCACAGCUAAAUGAAUUGGUAGAACAUACACAUGCAUCCAAAACAUGUAAUUUUAAUUGUUUGAUAUUUGGUUUGUUCUCUUUUAACACUUACCACCACCUUGUGUUUUUGAAUUAAACAAGUCACAUUUGAAUGAUUGAUGGAUCUACUGAAUACAAAUAGCUUGAUCUUGGUUACUAUAAUAAACACUGAUAUAGCAGAACAGAAUAUUACAAGACCAAACAUGUAUCUUCAUUACAUUUGCAUUUUGUAUACGUAGCUUCUACAAGCAAACACUCGUGCUGGUACAAACCAGAAGCAAUCAAAAGUCCUCUUUAAAACAACAAUGGUACAACCACAGAGAGAAUAUAAGUCUCGUCUUCUUGAUUAUUAUUACUAUUAUUUUACACAA